ACGGAACAACAAGUUGAAGUCACAAGAGAAACAUGGCGGCCCGCACACGACUGCCCUUGCUGUUCCCCAAAAACCUGCCUCCGUUUAGAAACCAAAGGCUUGUCCACGCCGAAGCUGCGGUCAAGGAGCCCGCGUAUCCCCCCGUCGUCCCCUCCGUCACGGCUAAAAGCAAAUCGGCCCUGCGGCAAAAGGCUCAGCAACAUGUGCAGAAGAUACGAGCCUCCCCGGUGGAGGAGAAGCUCUCCCUCGUCACUCGCAUCCAGCGGAAGAAAUUUGUGGUUUACCCUCAGACUUUCGCACGGAACGCCGACAGAUGGUACCAGCACUUUACCAAGACCGCAUAUAUCCCGGGUCUGCCCGAGAAGUUCACCCUGAGCGCGGCGGAAGAGAGCUCUCCGCCGGCCGCAGCUCAAAGCACAGUGCCCGGGGUGGAAGGGGGUGCGUUUGGGGACAUCCGCUCCUUGGUCAGUCGUGUGAUUUUACAGGAGCACUGGCACAUAAAGAAACGUAGAGCUUUUCUGUACAAAGAGCAGGAGCAGAUCGUUGGACCUAUGCUGAGAAACCUGGUGACUGGACUCACCUACAGUCUGCUCCAACACAACCCACUGUUCCUCCUCUCCAGUCUGGAUGUUAAUCCCCAGGUUAACUUUUAUUGGAGGAGAGGAGAGAGAAUCAUCCCAAGGGGUCACCGGAGGGGCCGGCUAGAGCCAACCAGGUUCCAGAUUGACGACCACCCGCACAGUCAGAUUAGGAUAACCCAACAACUGCCACAGUUUGCCCCACUGGAGGCGUCCUAUGCAGCUGAAGUUCCAGAGAUCACAAUAGCUCCAAACAUGAUGCCUCUGUUCAGAAGACAGUAUGACAACAAUAUAUUUACAGGGGCCAAGUUACCAGACCCGGCGUGCUACGGUCACACUCAGUUCCACCUGGUGCCUGAUCGAUACCACAGAGACCGGAUGGCUCGGCGGGAAGAGUCCGAUCAGGUGGAGGUCUUUCUCAGAGCCAACGGACUCGCCAGCCUUUUUGCCUGGACAGGAGCUCAGGCCAUGUACCAGGGUUUCUGGAACCACGAGGACGUCACCAGGCCUUUCGUGUCCCAGGCUGUGAUCACAGACGGCCAGUUCUACUCCUUCUUCUGCUACCAGCUCAACACAGUGGCCCUCUCCGUGGAGACGGAUGCCAACAACCCCAGGAAAAACCUUCUGUGGGGCACAGAGAGCCUGCGCCUGUACGAGGGUGUGAAGGACGGAGAGGUGGUGGGUCUGAACGACGAUGUCAUCAAGCUUUUAGUUCAGUUCCUCAUGAACCAGCCGUAAAGUUCUCCAGGUUUCUGUUUUUGUGUCCGUCUGCCUUUUGAAAAAUGUCUUUCCCCUUGAGUCUGUCUUCUCCAAGGCAUUGAAAGAAGCAAGAAAUCAAGAUAAAGAGGUUUUAAAGAGCCCAACAUGACAGACAUGAGGAAGCUGUGGUAGAUUGUAUAAAAUGUAAUAUUCAAGAAUAAAAACAUAAAAAAAUUAAUGUAUUAUAAUAAAUAAUACUAAUUAUUAUUAUUAUUGUGCAGAUGUAUGCAAAAAUAAAACCAUGCUUUUCAGAUUGA